GCUAAUGUUGUCGAGGUAGUAGAUUUCUGACGGUUAUGUGCCCAGUGAUUUAAUUAAAAGAACAUUAUCCCUUCGACAGUCGCAGGAAAAAAGUCGAAAAUCGUGAAGUGAUAAAAAGUGGAUUUUUCUCGUUAAAAAAGAGCCGUGAAAUGUGCACCAUUGCGUCGAGUAAUUGCAAAUGUCAUACAUUUUGCAACAGGGAAUGACUCGCCAUGUCCCAAAAAUAAAUGGUCCAGAACGAUCACACGUCGUCAGGAAACCAAUUUCAACAGAAGUCUCACACAUUUUUUAACGGUGAAAACUUAUUCCAGAAUAUCAAGAUUUUGUAGUUAAAUAAAAGUUAAGUUUAGACUGUCGGGUAGGCAGUGCUAAAAGAUCAGAAUGUCUCUUAAACCGAAGAGAGUCGAUUUUAUUGAAACUUGGGACCUUUUGCAAAAAACCGUCAAGGAAGUUAUAACUCUUGACCAUGUCCCUCGAGCCAUAUGGAACGAUAGAUUUAGUGACGUUUAUUCCUUAUGUGUGGCUUAUCCGGAGCCGCACGCCGAUCGUCUUUACAAUGAGACGAAGCAAUUUUUGGACUCGCACGUGUCACAAUUAUUGACGAAGGUGCUGGCGCAAGGCGAAAUUGGCCUGCUGCAGGCCUACCAUCACGCCUGGCGGGAGUAUUCUCAGGGAAUUAAUUAUCUCCAUCAACUGUACUUAUACCUAAACCAGCAGCACAUCAAGAAGCAAAGACUGACCGAGGCGGAAAUUAUUUACGGGACGGCUCUCGGAACAGUGACCGAGUAUCAGGAGCAGAUGGAAAUUGGGGAAUUGGGCCUCGACAUCUGGGAGAAGCGAAUGAUUUCGCCCCUGAAAAAUCAACUUGUCUCGCUCCUCUUAGAGGGGAUUCAUGCCGACAGACUUGGCGAGGCUCAACCAACGACAAACGAUGUCAUUUGCGAGGUCAUUCAGAGUUUUGUCACGGUGAAAAAGUACAAAAGGAAGGGAGAAUUGGAUAUGUAUCAGGAAAUUUUCGAAGGUCCCUUUUUAGAAGCGAGUGGAGAAUUUUAUUCUAGGGAAGCUUCAGAAUUGUUACAACAAUCGGACGUGACUCGAUAUAUGGAAAGAGUCACUUGGAGAUUCAGUCAGGAGGAAUUAAGAGUUCAUAAAUUUCUUCACACAAGUUCGGUGCCUAAGGUAAGACAAUGCUGCGAAGAAAAAAUGGUGGCAGCUCAUUUGACGUGGCUUCACGCCGAAGUGGACGCGAUGAUACAGCACGAAAGAAGACGAGAUUUGGCACUCCUUUAUCCUCUUCUCAGGCCGCUACCGAAUGGCUUGGCACCUCUCGUUCAAAAACUCACUCAACACAUCACCAACGAGGGGCUCAAAGCCAUCGGCUCUUUACAAGGAGAUAAUGUUCAUACCCAGUUUGUGGAAAGCAUGCUGGUUGUGCAUUCUAAAUACUCGAAUAUGAUAAAAGAAGUAUUCAAAGGGGAUCAAGUCUUCGGCGGUGCUUUAGAUAAAGCGUGUUCGGCUCUCGUUAAUCACAGGCCAGGACCCAGACAACCUUCUCGAGCUCCAGAACUGCUGGCAAAAUAUUGCGACUCGUUAUUGAAAAAGUCGGCGAAAGGCGCGACAGAGACGGAAAUCGAGGAGAAGCUCGCGCGCUCGAUAACUGUGUUCAAGUACGUCGACGACAAAGACGUCUUCCAGAAGUUUUACGCGCGCAUGCUCGCGAAGCGUCUGAUCCAUCAGCUGUCGCAGUCGAUGGACGCCGAGGAGGCGAUGAUCGACCGACUGAAGCAGGCCUGCGGCUACGAGUUCACGAACAAGCUGCACCGGAUGUUCACCGACAUGUCCGUCUCGAGCGAUCUGAACGCGAAAUUUGCGACGAGUCUGCGGGAGCGCGAGGCCGAGAGCAGCAGUCCGCUCGGCAUCAGCUUCGUCGUUUACGUGCUGCAGGCGGGCGCCUGGCCUCUGGGACUUGCGCCCUCUCCCGGACCCUUCCACGUGCCGCAGCAACUCGAGCGCUCGAUCCAGGCCUUCGAGAGCUUCUACCAUGCCCAGUUCAGCGGCCGCAAACUCACCUGGCUCCAUCAUCUCUGCCAGGGCGAGCUCAAAUUCAAUUACCUCAAGAAGCCUUAUCUGGUGACGGUGCAGACCUACCAGAUGGCGCUGCUGCUCCUCUUUGAGCAGUGCGACUCCAUCAAUUGCAGGGAAGCUGCGGCUUCGCUGAGACUUUCGCACGAGCAACUCGUGAAACACGCUGCGAGUUUGGUAGAUUGUAAAAUUCUGAAAAAGUCCUCGGAGGGCGAGGUCGAAGAGGACACGAUUCUGACGCUCAAUUUCGAAUACUAUAACAAAAGAACCAAAUUUCGAAUCACCGGGGCUCUGCAGCGAGACGCUCCCCACGACACGGAAGCCACUCAUCGAAGCGUCGACGAUGACCGGAAACUCUACCUCCAAGCUGCCAUCGUUCGAAUUAUGAAGAGCAGAAAGCUGCUCAGACACAAUCAACUCGUCCAAGAGGUUUUGGGUCAGUCGAAAGUGACAUUCGCGCCCUCGAUCGGGAUGAUCAAGAAGUGCAUCGAGGCGCUGAUAGACAAACAAUAUAUUGAACGCACGGCGAAUAGCGCGGACGAAUACUCGUACGUGGCGUAACCUUCCUCCUGAAAUUCGAUACUAAUUUAUUUCGCGCGAGAUGCUCCCUCUUGUAUAGUCAGAAAAGAAAUUGCGAAUCUCCAAAGGAGAGAGAGAGAGAGAGAGAGGACGAAUCCGCAGCCAUUACCAAUUUACAGAUCUACCGAUUUACCAGUUUACCAAUUUACUAAUCUGCGGAUUUGCCUUAACGCCAAAGCGUUUCCAGGGGAACGUCUUCGAAUCAUUUGGUCGCUCCUGAAUCACUCGACUUAUCUACGAUGAUUAGCUGAUUAACAGAAAUGUAAUAUAUGCACACCGAAUAAAGAUGAAGUUACUAUUUUAA